UCCUCGCGACUUGAACCACGUGAAGCAACAAUGGCUUGCAGAGGAGGAACGGUGAUGAGUGCCUUCUUCUGGUCUGUGGCCAUAGUUUAUCUUAUCAACACCAGGGGUGUCAGCGGAGACUGCUGGCUCAUCGAGGGGGAGAAGGGCUUUGUGUGGCUGGCCAUCUGCAGUCAGAACCAGCCCCCCUAUGAGGCCAUCCCGCAGCAUAUAAACAGCACCAUUGUGGACCUUCGCCUGAACGAGAACAAGAUCAAAAGCAUCCAGUACUCUGCCCUCAGUCGCUUUGCCAAUCUGACGUAUCUGAACCUGACAAAGAACGAAAUCUCCUACAUAGAGGACGGGGCUUUCUCUGCCCAGUACAACUUACAAGUGCUGCAAAUGGGCUUCAACAAACUGCGGAAUCUGACCGAGGGCAUCCUCAGGGGGCUGGGCAAGCUCCAGUAUCUCUACCUCCAGGCCAACCUGAUUGAGACUGUGUCAGCCAAUGCCUUCUGGGAGUGUAUAAACAUAGAAAACAUAGACCUCUCCAUGAAUCGAAUCCAAGUGCUAGAUGGAAACACCUUUUCCACUCUGACUAAGCUAACCACAUGCGAGCUCUACACAAACCCUUUCAAUUGCAGUUGCGAGCUCCUGGGCUUUGUCAAGUGGCUUUCAACAUUCCCAAACAGGACAAACGAACGCAUGGUUUGUGACUACCCGCCAGCCUACUCUGGCUACAGUCUCCUGACCCAGAGUCCGAACAAUCCUGGUACACGCAAUGCACUGUAUAUUCUGUCCAACGGGUGCUCGGAAGACUCUCAAGAAGGGGGGUUUAAACUCCUGCCUGGGCCUGUCGAGCUCACCACUGUUUCCCCUACAGAGGAUUUCUCCUCAGGAAUGGGGCCAGAUGAAACCACAACGAGUCUGACGUUCACAGACCCCGAAACAAAACCGAUAAUGAGACUUAAAGAGGUGAAGCCCACGAGUGCCAUCAUGACCAUCCAGAUUCCGCAGCGGUUUAAGAAAAUGUACAUCCUUGUCCAAUACAACAACAGCUUCUACACCAUCAUCCGAUCUCUGAAAGAAGAGAAGGAUGACAUUGAGGUGACCGAGUUAAAGCCUCAAACCGUGUAUCACUACUGCGUAAUAUCGUUGCGCAACAACCUAAGUCAGAACCACACGUGUAUACAAAUAAAGACAGGGUCCACCACACCGAAAGGGAGGUCGAUUAGUAACGCUACGGCCACUCACUACAUCAUGACCAUCCUUGGCUGUCUGUUUAGCAUGGUGAUAGUGUUAGGGAUAGUCUACUACUGCUUGCGCAAGAAGCGGCAGAAGGAUGAGGAGCAUAAAAGAGCUGGCAGCCUCAAGAAAAAUAUAAUCGAGUUAAAGUAUGGCCCAGAACUGGAAGGAGGGACCAUAUCACGGAUGUCUCAGAAGCCGAUGAUGGCUGGGGAGAGUAUGUCCCGCAUGCCGUACUUACCAUCUGGUAGUGAGAUGGAUCAGUAUAAACUGCAAGACCUCAGUGACACACCGAAAAUGGCCAAGGGGAGUUAUAUGGAAGUGCGGACGGCCGAUCUGCCAGAUCGCAGAGAUUGUGAAAUGGCCAUGCCUGGAAAUAGCCAGGGUUCAGUUGCUGAGAUCUCAACCAUUGCAAAAGAAGUGGACAAGGUCAACCAAAUCAUUAACAACUGCAUAGACGCCCUAAAGUCCGAAUCAACGUCAUUCCAGGGGGUGAAGUCAGGUGCUGUCUCCACGGCAGAGCCACAGCUUGUCCUUAUCUCCGAGCAGCCGCAGAGCAAGUCUGGCUUCUUGUCACCAGUGUACAAAGACAGCCACUCGUACCACCACUCACUGCAGAGGCACCAUGCAUCAGACGUUUCACCCAAGCGACCGAGCACUGCAACUGGAGGGCCCAUGCGGAGUCCCAGGCCAUACCGUCACGAAGGGCCCUACAAGUCCGAGUCCAAGUACAUUGAAAAAACGUCGCCCACGGGCGAAACCAUCAUGACUGUUACUCCGGCCGCCGCAAUCCUUCGAGCGGAGGCGGAGAAGAUUCGGCAGUACAGCGACCAUCGGCACUCGUACCCCGAGUCCCACCAGAUCGAGGAGUUGGAGGGGCCCGACUGCCGCAAGCCGUCCAUUUUGGAGCCCCUGACGCGGCCCAGGCCCAGAGACUUGGCGUACUCGCAGCUCUCGCCGCAGUACCACAACCUCAGCUACUCCUCCAGUCCGGAGUACUACUGCAAACCCUCGCACAGCUUCUGGGAGCGCUUCAAGCUCAACCGCAAGCGUCACAAAGACGAGGAGUACAUGGCAGCGGGCCAUGCACUAAGGAAGAAAGUGCAGUUUGCCAAGGAUGAAGACUUGCAUGACAUUUUAGACUACUGGAAAGGCGUGUCUGCUCAACAAAAAUCUUAA